UACUCGUCACUAACCAUCCCGAGCUGAGGUCGUUCUACCGCAUGCGACGACGACCUCGCCAUACCGACACCGACGAUAGGCGUCCCAACACGCCCGAAACCCGGAAGUCUCGGAUUAAGCCCCUUUGCCCGCUCGGCGGUGAUUUCGGUCAACGGCGAGUCGAUUCGAGCGUUCAAUUGCACCGCCCGUCGAUUAACGCUCCACCACAGCCUCCCCACGGAUCGGUCAACUACUGAGAGGCACAGUUGGGGACUUGGGGCCGAUGCACAACGCCGACGAUGAUCCCCGAGGGCAGUAGCCAGUAGCUAGCUGUAGAGGGAGUUAUCGGCCAUGUCGGAGGAGGCGACGCUGGAGGACACGCCUACGUGGAUCGUGGCGUCCGUGUGCUCCGUCAUCGUCCUCAUCUCCUUCGUCUUCGAGCGCGCGCUCCACCACCUCGGCAAGGCACUGGAGCGCCGGAGGAAGACCCUGUACGAGGCGCUGCUAAAGCUCAAAGAAGAGCUCAUGCUGCUGGGCUUCGUCUCGCUGCUCCUCGUCGUCUCCCAGGACUUGAUACAGAAGAUCUGCAUCGACGACAGCCUCAUGGAGCACUGGAUGCCGUGCCGGGGUGCGAGCGCCACCGCCUCGGCUCAUUACGGUGUCUCCUCCUCCUCCUCCUCCUCCGCGGUCGGUGGCGGGAGGAGGAUGCUCAAAGGCGGCGGGGCAGCUUUCGGGCACUGUUCAAGCAAGGGAAAAGUCCCGUUGCUAUCACUUCACGCCUUGGAGCAGGUACACAUUUUCAUCUUCGUCCUAGCUAUCACGCAAGUCGUUCUCAGCGUCGCCACCGUCCUCCUGGGACUUCUGCAGAUGCGGAUAUGGAUGCACUGGGAGAACACCAUUCAGCAAGAGGGCAGCUCUGCUCCCAAGAUGAUCGCCCGUGUGCAGAAAAUCAGGUUCAUCCAGGACCGGUGUAAGGGGUACGAGAAGGCCGCCUGGGUUAUAAUAUGGCUGCGUUCUUUCUUCAAACAGUUCUACGGAUCAGUGUCCAACGACGACUACAUUGCGAUGAGACUCGGUUUCGUCAUGGAGCACUUUAGGGGGCACCCCAAGUUCAACUUUUACGACUACAUGAUCAAAGCUCUCGAGAAAGAUUUCAAGCGAGUAGUUAGUAUAAAAUGGUAUUACUGGAUUUUUGUGAUGAUCUUUCUGCUGCUCAAUGUCACCGGGUGGCACUCCUACUUCUGGAUCUCAUUAGUUCCACUGGCUCUGCUGCUUCUGAUUGGGACGAAGCUGGAGCACAUCAUAAACAGGCUGGCCUACGAGGUGGCCUCGAAGCACGCCGCCGGGCAAGGCGAAGGGGGCAUCGUGGUGAGCCCUUCGGACGAGCUGUUCUGGUUCCGCAGCCCACGGCUGGUGCUCGUGCUCAUCCACUUCAUCCUGUUCCAGAACGCGUUCGAGUUCGCGUAUUUCUUCUGGACACUGGCGAUGUUCGGCGCCAACUCCUGCAUCAUGGACAGUCUAGGAUACAGCGUCUCGCGAAUCAUCAUAUGCGUCGUCGUCCAGGUGCUCUGCAGCUACAGCACACUCCCGCUCUACGCCAUCGUGUCCCAUAUGGGGAGUUCGUUCAAGAGCGCUGUGUUCGCGGACGACGUCGCCGACAAUCUCAGAGGGUGGGCCGACGGCGCCCGGAGGCGCGUGCGGAGAUCUGCCACGGGUGUCGACGCCAGUUGCCUGGGUACGCCGGCGGCGGCGGGACGGGGCUGGGAAGGCGCCGCCGGCUGGAGAUUGAUUGCCGGGAGGCCGAGCCGCCCAACUCAGCAGCCUCGGAGCAUCUCCUUCUGAGUUCUGUCUAGUUUCUGAAGAAGGAAUCGAAAGCCGCGCAAUCUGCAGCACGCGUAUGCUGUCGCUGCCCGUCUUCAUUUGGGUAUUAUUGGGUUUGAGUUGACACUGACCAACUGCCGAAUUUUGCGGAAACUUUUAUGGUCAUGCCUCUUGUGCCACUAUUACGACCGUGGCGGUGAGCACGGAGUGUAAUAGAGUAGUAAAGAUAUGUAGCUCGCAUAUAUAUAUAUAUACUGUACCUCCGCCCGUGAUGCUAGCAGUAGCAGCGGCGGAUGGGGCUCUAGCGGCAUUGUUGACCUUGACCAGUUGUCCCCCAGCUACUGCUCAUCGUUUCUGGGACCCAA